AUGGCCUACGAUCCAGAGAAGGGCCUCGCGCAGGCCAAAUAUCCCUCUGCCGAGCAGAACUCGCUGGAUUCGAUCGGGGGCGAACGGAAUGUCGCAUCGCCCAACCAGACUGGUCUGAUGGCCAGGAUGCGGGCUCUGGAGGCCAAUAUGGAUCAGAAGCUGGGUAUCGAGUCCGAGGCCAUUGUGCGAAAGCGUCCGGAGGACAAGAAAAAGGUUCACUGGGUGGAAGAACUGUCCAUGGCCUUGCUGUGGGCCAGUGGCACCAUGAAUACCUCUUGCUUUGCGACUGGCUUCCUGGGAUGGGAGUUCGGGUUGAGCUUGAAGCAAUCGCUUUUGAUCACGAUCUUUGCUUCGAUCCUGGCCGCGUCGCUGAGUGGAUUCUGUGCCACCUUUGGUGCGGCGACGGGUCUGCGUCAGAUCAGUGUGAGCCGAUAUAGUUUCGGAUGGUGGCCCAACAAGCUUGUGGCCCUGCUCAACGCGAUCCAACAGAUGGGCUGGGCCGCUGUCUCCUGCAUCACCGGAGGUCUGGCCUUGACUGCCGUUUCGGAUGGCCACGUCUCCCUCAUCCUGGGCAUCGUGAUCCUGGCUGUCGUCGCCUUGAUCAUCUCCUUUGUGGGACUGAAAGCGAUCCUGUUUUACGAGAGAUGGGCCUGGAUCGUCUUCUUUGUGAUCUUCAUGAUCAUCUUUGGCCAGACCGGCAAAUAUGCGGAUAAUACCGCUCCCGCGACGGUCAGCGGCGCAAAUCUUGCCGCCGCAGUCCUGAGUUUGAUCGCGAUUGUGUACGGCUCCAGUGCCUCUUGGUGCACCAUGGCCAGUGACUACUACGUGCACUACCCCACCAAUGUCAGCCGCGUCAAGGUCUUCUUCAUGACCACCUUUGGCAUUGCGAUUCCCACAUCAAUUGGUAUGAUGGCCGGGUGCGUGGUCGCCUCGGCUCUGAACAACCAGCCGGAGUGGAAGAGCGCCUACGAGGACGAAGGCCUUGGCUAUCUGAUCCAGGACAUGCUCUACCCUCGAGGAUUCGCCAAGUUCCUGUUGACUCUGCUUGUUCUCUCGGGGAUCAACGUCAACGUCAUCAGUAUCUACAGCUCGGCCAUCUCCUUCCAGCAACUCUCUCGCCCCUUUGCGCGCGUGCCCCGUUUCCUGUGGACCAUCUUCUGCUUCGUUUGCAUCCUUGCGCUUGCCAUCGGUGGCCGCCAGCAGCUCAACACCUACCUCCAGAACUUCCUGUCCUUACUCGGAUACUGGUGCACCAGCUACGCCGUCAUCCUCCUGGAAGAGCACUACGUUUUCCGCAAGGGCAACUUUGACAAUUACGAUCUGGAGGGAUGGAACGACCCUGCGCGUCUGCCGCUUGGACUCGGUGCGGCGGUCGCCUUUGGGCUGGGUGUCGUGGCGUGGGUAGUGGGGAUGGACGAGACCUGGUUCAUUGGACCUUUGGCCAUGUUGAUUGGUGAUGGGGGCGGUGAUGUCGCGAAUGAGUUUACCUUUGUGGUGACGGCUUUGAGUUAUCUGCCCGCACGAUACCUGGAGCUGAAGCACUUUGGUCGGUGA